GUUCUCUCUACGAGACAAAAUUUUCCAUGAAGUUCUCAUGCUACGAACACAUUCAUAACAAUAAUAGCAAUGACGCAAGUAUGGAGACAAGGAUAAACUUACCGACUUGAAAGUUUCUGCCUUUUCACCUCUCUCUUUCUCUCUGAAUUCUUUCUCUUUAUGUCGUGAAGGUCAUCGUUGAAAUCUGCUGAAUGUGGGAAAAUUUAGGCUCAGGAGAUUUAAUAUAGAGAUCCCGUCUUUGUUUUUCUCAUGAUUUUGGAAGAAAAAAAAGGAGAAAAAUUAUAUACGUUGAAUUAUGGCUUUUGAUCAGAACUCAAUGCUCAAAGAAUUGCGCCCGUUAAAUAUGCCUAGAACAGUGCCCGAAGAUCCGCGCAUUGUACCAGGUACCUCGUCCGGAAGACCUAUUGACGGGUUUUGUGAUGUCGGCAGUGGCCCGGAGUCUGCGCCCGUGGUCUAUUAUACGGCUGCGGUUUCUGAAACUGAAUUUAUACCUGUACGAGCCGUUCCCGGGGUGACCGGAUGGGUCUCCCAUACUGCGCCACCCCAACUGGGUGGCGCUGGGAUUAAUUCGACUAGUGGGUAUGUUUAUAGUCCCCCAUUUCGAAUGCCCAGUGGGGGCAGUUCUGAUCAGGCUAGUGAUGAGGGCAGUGAGGAGUCAGUGACGGGGCAGAAAGUUAAGUUUUUGUGUAGCUAUGGAGGAAAAAUAUUGCCGAGGCCAAUUGAUGGGGCAUUGAGAUAUGUUGGUGGACAGACUAGGGUUAUUAGUGUUAGGAGGGACGUGAGUUUUAGUGAAUUGGUUCGAAAAGUAGAUACAUAUGGGCAAAAUUUAGUCAUUAAGUACCAGUUACCGGAGGAGGAUCUUGAUGCACUCGUUUCAGUUUCAUGUCCUGAUGAUCUUGAGAAUAUGAUGGAUGAGUAUGAGAAGCUGGUCAAGCGAUCUUCGGAUGGAUCCGGUAAAUUGAGGUUGUUUACUUUUUUACCUUCCGAGGUCGAGUCUUCCGGUAUAGUGCAUGUUGGGGACUUGCAGGUUGGUGGUCAAAGCUACGUCGAGGCUGUGAAUGGAAUUAUUGAUGGAUUCAGUAGUAGCGGUGGUGUCAAUAGUCUCAUUGCAAGGAAGGAGAGCACUGAUAGUGCUAGUUCGACCCAGAAUUCUGAUAUAGGUGGUACCGAGGGUACCAAUAGCUUGGGUCAUGGUCACGGGGAGGUUACAUUUUCACCAUCUACCAGUGGGUUAUUGGUUGCCGGAAAUUAUACUGUCUCUCGUGAAACGUCUCCAAGAACUGCGUUUGUUGAUCUUAGUCCUUCGGUACACGUGGAUACUUCUGCUGCUCCAUCUGUACCUCUUACUGAUCUACAGCCACAGGUAGCAUACGAUAUGCAGCAGCUCGGAGUGCUUUUUCCCACAUCUUCACCUUAUGCACAGACUUACGUGGAUCCUUGCAAAGAGGCUUCAAACCAUGCUGAUCAUGCACAACUUCCUUCUCAUAGGGGGUUCCCAGCUCAGAUUUUUGGGGCAGUUGGGCCUGUGCUCGCCCAACAACAUAUCCCUGCCGCAGCUUUGCCUGAUCAGUUUCUAACUGCGGUACAAGUGACAACUAAUCCUUCUUUGGUCAGUAUGAAAACAAACUCACGUAGUCCUAUAGUUCAGCCCCAACAAGUUCAUUUGGAGAAUUGUCCUACAGAAAGUGCGCCAGGACUAGUCCAACUUCCUACUCAACAAGGGUAUAAUUUAUUUAAUGCUCAGGUCCCAACAGCACUGCCAGGAGAAGUGUACGGGUGGCAACAAGUACCACACUCUGAGAAGGUAGUCUUAGUGGAAGGCAGGUUGUCUUCCCAACCAGUUCUGGUUUCUGGAAAACUUCCUGUACUUAAAGAUUGCUAUAUGUGUCAAAAAGCAUUGCCACAUGCUCAUUCAGAUACAGUGGCCCAGAACAGAAAAGAAGGCUCUCCAACCACCUUGUCCGACUCGAGAUCAAUUUGUAAAAGCCUUCGAAUGGAUCAUCGAGGACUGGUAGUCGGGACUCAACCAAGAGGUAUGGGAUAUGCAGAUCAUGAAGCUGGGAAAUUUCAAGCAGAGGGAAUUGGAUUCUCUCAUAAUGUUGAUAAGCACUAUGGAAAUGAUAGAAUUGCUCUUCAGAAGGCACAGAAUUCUGAAAACUCCAGUAUAUCAGUUCCACAGGGAAUGAUGGUGACCACUGGCAUACAAUCUCCAUAUGGUUUAUUUGCGGCUAAUAUUCCUCAAUUGUCCCAAGAUAAUGCUGUAAAACAAGUAGUCGUUACUCCUCAACACCAGGUUAUAUACAAUGCCACUAUGAACAGACAAGUUAACGAUGACGUUUCCCCUGUUGGAGGCAUGCCUUUACAAGAUUACUCUGUUAAAGUUCCUGGAUCAAUUACUAAAGAAGAUUCUACUUCGACAACCCUUAACCAUCUAAGACAAAUUGAUGGGAGGUUGGAAAAUCUCUUGAGACACCCUUCUAGAAAGGAAGACGUACUAGAAAAGAGACCCCAACAGGUUGCUAGGAGUGGAAUUCCUAACAUACCUAAUUUACCAUCAGCAGAAUCCUAUGAAUCAACAGAACCACCCCUUUUAGGUAAUCCCAAUUUGUAUCCUCAUUCAAAUCUUGGGAUUAAUCAUUUGGCUCUUCAUGAGAUUUCUUCUGGCAAGUCUGUGUAUUCUGGUGUUGAGUCUGAUCCUGCAACUGAAAGAACUCCACCUAUUGGUGAAUGGGAGGAGGAUACUGCCACUUGGUCUCAGCCUAGGAUUUCUGGUGAUGUAGAAGCUGGAACGCAUGGAGGAAACAGGCCAUUGGCUGCUUCUCCAGAUGUGCCAGAUAACUCAAACUAUGAUGCAUCAUUUCAGCCCGCCGGCAAUUUGAACAAGGAUUUGUAUUUGGAGCACGUUAUCUCCAAUAAAGAUGAAAUGAGCAAGCAAGAACAUCAAGCUGUAGUCGAGGGUGUAGAUGCUUCUGUUCUUCAUUCAUUUGCACCUUCUAACCCUGAUCUAUUAGUACAUGCCGGGACUCAGUUCGCAUCUACCCAGGAAAAGAGUGACGUUCAAAGCACUAGCACAGAAGCGCAGCAGAAAGAUAUCUUUGAGCAAUUUAUUUUCCAGGAGAUAAAUACUAAUUUGUCUGAGAAGAUCAGUCUUUGGUCUCCUGUAUCAGAUAGCAUUGGUCGAUUACAGAUAAUUAAGGAUAGUGACCUGGAAGAGCUACGUGAACUGGGCUCGGGUACCUUUGGUACUGUUUAUCAUGGAAAGUGGAGAGGCACUGAUGUGGCAAUUAAACGAAUCAGUGAUAGAUUGUUUUUUGGGAAAACUUCUGAACAAGAACGCAUGAUAGAUGAUUUCUGGAAUGAAGCUAUCAAGCUUGCUGACUUGCAUCAUCCCAAUGUGGUUGCUUUUUAUGGUGUCGUGUCGGAUGGUCCCGAUGGUUCAGUUGCGACUGUUACUGAGUACAUGGUUAAUGGUUCGUUGAGAAAUGCUUUGCAGAAGAGUGAGAGGAUUCUUGAUAAGCGCAAGAGGGUAAUGAUUGUGAUGGAUGUUGCUUUUGGAAUGGAGUACUUGCAUGGGAGGAAUAUAGUGCAUUUUGACUUAAAAAGUGAUAAUCUAUUAGUUAAUCUCCGUGAUUCACAUCGGCCAAUUUGCAAGCUGGCAGAUCCCAAGAUGUUCCCGAUGAUACUUUGUUGCACGAAAGGAGAGAAUAAGAGAGACGGUGACACUUUUUUCAAGCAUUAGGUUUACCAGCAAAGAGAGGAGGAGGUGGGAGAGAGAUUGGCUGCUGAAACUCAACCAAUAUUGGCACAAGAGGACAACUUUUUGUUAAUCGUGCUUUGUUCAAUAACAUACUAAGUUAGGAUUAAGACAACUUAGUGAACGACUAAUUAAAAUGUGACACUGUUAGUGUUAUAUUGAACCAUUAGAUUUAAUGUAAUGAAAAAUGAGCAAGUCAAGCUUUUUAGAUUAAUUAUAAACAUUCUUGGGUUUUUUGUAUUAAGAAUUUUUUAAUGGCUUUUUGGUUUCAAUGGUUUUCUUAAAGGCAUUAAGCAGAUAAUUUGAAUUAUCAGGAAUUUAAAUAAUGUAAGAAUCGAAGAAGCCACUUUCAGGUUCUUCGGUUUUUGUUUUUCACAGUAAAUCCAUAAUGAGAUAAUAGGUAUUGUCGGUAGUAGAGACGAAGAAAUUUUAGGUUCUUGACAAGACCGAUGGAACAAACUAGCAUUUGAUUCCUAAAUAUAUUUCUGUAUAAGGUUGUAUUUUUGUGCCAUCAUCUAUUGCACUACAAUUUCGAAGGGGAAUUCUUGUUUUUUCAUUUUUUUUUUUCCUUCGGGCAGGAGGGUAUAUACAUGAAAGGAUAAAACAUGCCUACUUUUCUCAUACUGUUUUAAAGGUGUAAAGCUUAGUAAGUAGUGAGUUUCUUGGCAUUUCAUGAUUUCUGUUUUGUGGGUAAUAGUUCAGAUUUGCUUCUGUGUGGUGUCUUUGUAAGCAUUGUUUUACGAUUACAUUGUGUAUGAUGGCAUUAAAUGUUCUCAUAUAUCUUAACCA